AUUUAUGUAGGAUUUAAAUUUGAUCGAAUCUGUCAGUCAAUGUGGCUUUUGGCAACACUGCACCAACUUGACAUUUCAGAAACUAAAAAAAAUUUGUAAAAAUCAAAACCAGAUGAAAAGCACUCAAAAAUGAAAUUAUGGAAGUAGCGGAACAAAAUACCGAAACUAAAAAACGGUUAACGGUAGAAGAAUUGCAAAUAGAAAUUUUACCCGUAAUUUACGAAAUCAUUAGAAGUAUCGAAAAAGAUCAUCACGAAACAUCUGCCAAGACUAGAGAGUCCCAAGAUUGCGCGCAAAAGGUGCUGGAACUGCAGAAACGUCUAGAUCAGGCGCGAGUUCAGAUCCGUUUACUGCCGGGCAUCGAGUUCAGUAAAGAGCAGCAGCUAAAUAACCUAGAAGCUUUAAAGACGCAGUUACGAUUAAAGCAAGAAUUACUGCACAAGUAUCGUUACAUGUACUCAUUUCAAUCUCACAAAGCAUAAUGGUGUUCCGAUUUCUAUUACGUUUUUUAUCGAAUAAUGAGCAUUUAGUUCAGAGACUUAGUGAGUCAUAUCCCAUCAGAAGAGCGGCUCAGUGGGUCGUACUAAUUUUCUACCGCGGAAAGGGAUUCAUAGAAGAUAACAA